UUGAUCAACUACCAACGGGCGUCAACAACGGCGAGCUUGUGAAGGGAGUUUCUCACCGAAAACAAACAUGCCCUUUCCCUUUACACUCCCAACCACAAGCUCAGUUCUCCUCUCAGACUACUUUGACAGUGUCACGCAUCCUUCUCUACCGCUGACGGCAACCACAAAGCGCAGCAUAUUGAAAGAUGCGUUGAAGAAACACAAACGCCUCUCGGCCCAAGCCAGGGCUGUUAACCUUCCCACCGUCCAAGAUGCAGUCAACGGCUAUCUUCCGUAUCUAUUAGCCUUAAAUACGGGCGCUAGCUACCGCGAUAUUGGACCGGAAAAGCUGGAUGUCGAGGUCAAGAAGCCUCUUGAAGUUGAAUGGCGAAGCACUCUGUCGCCUACUCUGCCCGGCCGCGAAAGUGCUCGGCCUAAGCUGACAGGACUGCACCAUGAAAUCGCAUUCGCCUUAUCGACUCUUGCUUACACGCAUUCGCUAUUGGCACGUUCACAGCUUCGUCUCCUCUACGGCUCAGCUGUUUUGUCUGCAGAUCAGCGUACUGCGACCAUCGGCACAGCCAUGAAGCAUUUGCUCGAGGCACACAGCGUCCAUUCACAUCUGCUUUCACUUCCCUCAAUAUCUGCUGCCAGAGAUGGCCCUGUGGACAUCCAAGCAUCCACCAUUUCUGCGCUGGCUUCUCUCGCUAUGGCCGAAGCAACGAUUAUCGUCGUGGCGAAAGAUGAUCCAUACAUCGCUGCUGUGGCGGACACCAGGAAUGAAAGCAAUACAGAUUGGAUGUUCAAAGCGCCUACCAUCCCGAAGGUCCGAGCACAUCUCUUUGCGAGACUCUGCCUGGCUGCAGCCGAGCACGCGAAUAGUGCGGUUGGCCUCUUAGCACGAAGUGGUGCUGGAAAGGUUGACGAGGAUCUGGUGAGAUACGCCGAGGACUUGCGACGUACAGCUAGAGGCAAAGCCGCGCGUUUUCUCGCCAUCGAUGCAGAAUUGUCAGGAAAGACUGGCGAAGGACUGGCAUGGCUUCGAGGGUCGAGGAAGGAGCUAGGUCUUGCUGUCGAUCUCGAAGAUGGCAAACGAAAAGGGUUCAAAGGUCUGAAGCAGAGUUGGCAAGAACGUCGCGAAGACAAGAAGGUCGAGAAAGGUGGUGAAUGGGGCAUGGAUGCUGGCCGUUUGGAGGAAGCGCGAGUGGUGGAGAUGCUGGAGGCCAAAUGGGACAAGGAGAACAGCACAAUCAAUGUGCAACUCGUGCCGCCAUUCGAGCCCCUCCUUGCAAGCAUGCCAUCUGGAAGAGAGUAUCACACCGCUCAGCCCUUCAAUCCUCCAUCGCUUGAUAUAGCGACUUUGUCAAGCAUGCGAGCACCACCGGAGCCGGAUGAAAAAGCAUUUCGUGGAGAAGAAGCCGACAGUGGAGACGAGGAAGCGUUGGGACGGAGUAGCGAUCCUGUGGGUGCGUUCCCGGGCACUUCAGGUGAAUAUGGACGUAGUGCGACCAGCAAUAGCUACUACUGAUGUGGGACUAAAUCUGGUAUCACACACGACAUAAAGGUUAACCC